AUGCGGUUCCGCUUUGGUGAUGUGUUCAGCCUGCAGCUGGCCUGGAAGCCUGUCAUUGUGCUCAAUGGGCUGGCCGCUAUGCGGGAGGCGCUGGUGAACCACAGCGAGUACACCUCCGACCGCCCAUGGAUGUCCAUCUAUGAGCACCUGGGCUUAGGACCACGGUCUCAAGGUGUGAUCAUGGCAACCUAUGGACAUGCCUGGCGCGAGCAGCGGCGCUUCUCUGUGUCCACCAUGCGCAACUUUGGCCUGGGCAAGAAGUCCCUGGAGCAGUGGGUGACCAAGGAGGCCAGCUGCCUCUGUACAGCCUUUGCCAACAAGGCUGGAUGCCCCUUUAACCCCAUGUCCCUGCUGAAGAGAGCAGUGUGCAACGUGAUCUCCUCCCUCAUCUACGCCCGACGCUUUGAGUAUGAUGACCAGCGCUUGGCCAAGAUUCUUGACCUUCUGGAGGACACACUGAAGGAGGAUUCCGGCUUGUUGCCCAUGCUCACAGGCCGCCGUGUGUGCCUCGGGGAGCCCCUGGCCCGCAUGGAGCUCUUCCUCUUCUUCACCUGCCUCCUGCAGCGCUUUAGCUUCUUGGUGCCCCCUGGACAAGCCCGGCCCAGCGACUGUGGCGUGUUUGGUACCAUGGUGACCCCGUCCCCGUACCAACURUGUGCUGAGCCCCGCUAGAGGAGGUAGCAGACUCCAACCCUGCCCCCAGACGGGGCUAUGAUGUUCAAUAAACCAGUCUUGUCACUGCCACUUUGUUCUGACAUGCCCC